UAUAAAACAUUGUAAUAUAAUAUUAAAGCGUAAUUCUCUGGUAAACUAUAAUUUACGCCAAUACGAAUACUGUUUUUGAAUAUAUUUUGAAACUUUUUGCGUAAUUAACAAACAAUAAUGACAUUUGUGAAAUAAAAAACUACUGUUUCGUCCUUGCAUAAACAGUGGAAUAAUUUCAAUUUCUGCUGAUAUUUUUUAUAAUUUAUAAGUGUAUUUAUAAAAUGUUAAGAUCAGAAAAGGAAAGAGUGUUAAUGCUCACAAGCACUAACCGUAGCAACGUUUUAGGAAGGCUAUCGGUGGAUUCAGAUGUGCAUGAAGAUGUUCAGGGUUCAGGCAUACCGACUCCUUUACAAUUUGAUGCAUUUAUACCUUGGGUUUGCGCACAAUGGUGUGCCUCAAAUAAUGUUCUCGUGACCAAAAUGAAUCAAGAGGACUACGUUAGACAAGACAUACGAAAAUCUCGGAUUUUUCGUAGAGGGAGACACAAGAGCGCAGCUCCACUAGUAGGCGAUCAUCAUGGCUCUUCCGGAUCAGACAAAGUAUUCGAGUACGGAAUGCAUGACAGAGUUGUUCAUAUGAAAACAGUAUAUAACAAUAAGCGAAAACUUGUCGAAGUAAGCAUAUCUGGAUGCCCCUUCAAAAUCUCGAGAAAAAUUAUUCACGCGUUUAGCCUCUGCAUCUCAUUUCAUUCUGCUUGGAACCGACUCACUUUUCGUAGGGGUGGUCUCUCCGACGAGAUCAUCUACGAAAUAUCCAAAUUACUCCCCCAUUCGCAUAUAACAGAACUUUGUUUUGACGAUUCAAGCGUUUGUCAGGGAAACUAUUAUAUUUUACUUGAAAUUGAGGCGCAGGUAAAAUAUUUGUCUCUAAAUAGAUGCAAAAUAAACGACGCAGUUUGUGCUAAAAUUAUCUCCUGUAUCGAUUACGGAUGUCCGUCUUCAGAAAGCCUUAGAAUUUUAGAAUUAGCGUCGAACGAUAUAACCGAUGUUGGGGCUAAGCGUAUUGGAACUAUGUUGAGGAAGAAUCGAACUUUGUUGCAUCUCAAUUUAUCAGGAAACAAAAUCACCGAUAAGGGCUUCGAAGCCAUCAUCGGCUCUUUAAAACAAUUUGCUUUGACCACCCAGGAGCAAAUCGAUAUGAAAAGUAGAAAGAUACGAUACAUGCAGAACAGAGCGAUAGUGUACAACAGGUGCUUAGAAGAGCUGAAACAAGGUAAAAGUGAAGAUGGCGAAAGUACAAUAGGAAAGAAGAAUAUAUUUAGUGUGAAGCGUAUGCGAAGGAAAUCAAAACGAAUUCUGGACGAAAAUUUGACGGCACAAGCGGAAAUUAUGACCACAGCCAUAGUGGGAGAUUUCAAGGAUCCCUAUUGUGGCGAUAAUGUUAUCAAUCAGGAUGGUUACAUAUAUUCGAAGGGUAACCUUAUUUUUUCUUCUUUGAACAUCGCAUAUAAUGAUUUGGAGUAUCAGUCAAUCCUUAAAAUUCGGGACGUGGUAACAUAUCAGGCGGAGGUUGAAAAAGUUUUGCCUGAAACUGGUCUGAUCCGGAUUACGUUGGAUGGGAACUGGAUGCCCCCGAAGUGCGAGGAGCUUGAUGUAAUCGACGCGUGUUUGAAGAAAGUUAUUUCUGAUUUGACGCCUACGCCUCGAAAGACUCGAACAUCAUCGCUGAUAAGAAAAUUGAUGUCGAAAACACACACUCAGUGAUUAUGAAAAGGUAAUGUAUAAGAAGAAGGCUGUUUGAGUUUUUUUAUACUCCGAUUUAGUAAGUUCGUUCAUUCAGAAGGAAUGAAGAAACUUUAUUUUCUAAGACCAAAGAAAUGACGUGGUUCUCAAAGCCUUACGAUUAAGUACUGUUUCAUAAGUUUUGUUUGGUUGUAUACUGUAUUUAGUACACCAGGUAUUUAGUUAUUAAAUAUAUUUAAACUUUGCAGGUACAGUCAGGUAAUCAGUUCAUUUAUUCACUUUAGAUCUUUUAAGUAUCAGAAAUACGUUUUAAGUUUACGUUUAAUUUAGUUUAGCAUAAUUGUUUGAAUUAUUGUGUACCUAAUACUAAUAAAGUGUAUGUACAAUAUGAA